CUCCGCCGCGCAGCUUCCGCAGUUUUAAUGACUUCAUUUAUCUUGACAGCGCCAAACAAAACCACAAAAAUCAAUUGGACAUGUAUACCAUAAACUGACUUUUUCUCGGUAUCAACUCUUUCGACAUCAAGUCCGCGUCGCAACCUUCCCUCCCAACACGAUCACCCAAGAAAACUCCUCAACAAUGAACAACGAACAAUUCCGCCGUCUCCUCUUCGACAACUCACAGCCGUCCUCGAAACCUAAGAACAGCCCAAGUCCAACGAGCCCGCAAUUACCCCCGAAUACCAGGAGUCAUGCGUCGCCAUCGGGCGGACCAGCAGGCCACGCGCUGGGAUCGCGCAUGCGCUCGAGUAUCCCUAUGACGCCACGCACAUUGACGAAACCCGACUUCGCGCGCCAACUCGCCGAAUACGGACGCGACGAGCAGAACCCGCACCCGAACAAGAAAUUCAAGUCCUCUGCUGCGCCGAAGGGGACGAAGCUGCCGGCUGGGUAUCAGGACCGCGCGGCGCGGUUGCGGGAGCUUGAGGGUGGGAAUGAGGAGGACAAAGAUAAAGCAGAGGGUGCUGCAAAGGGCACUGGGAGUGGUAGUGGGCUUUCUGCCGAGGGGGAGCAGAAACUGAAGAUUCUUGAGAUGCGGUUUAAGAAGGGUGUUAUUGAUGAGGCUACGUUUCUACAGCGGCGACGAGAACUAGGUGUCGGUGGGGAUUUGAGCAGUACGCAUAUGGUUAAGGGGUUGGACUGGGAUUUGCUGAGGAAAGUCAGGGCCGGGGAGGAUGUUCAGAGAAGAGAGAAGUCGGAGGAAGAGGACGAGGCUGCUGGAGAGCGUGCUGAAGGCGAAGCUGAGGGGCAAGGGGAAGAAAAAGACGAGGUAGAUGUGGAUGAGGAGUUUGAUAAGGUGCUUGACGGAAACGAGGAGGCAGCCCUUCCUUCUGCACCGAAGGAGCGGGAGAAGAAAAAGGGGAGUAUGGCGCCGCCGCCAGCUCCUGCACAUACAGGGCGCAAGACGCGCGAUGAGAUUCUCAGAGAGUUGAAGGCAAGCAGGGCGGCGGCGGCUGCUGAAGCUGCAGCUGCGGCACAGGAAAAUGCGUUAGGUGCGCGGUUCAAGAAGAUCGGAGACUCAAAGGUCGAGAAGAAGCGAUUUAUCGAGCAGGACGAGAACGGCCGCCGCAGGGAGGUCCUUCUCAUUACAGAUGCCGAAGGUAAAACUAAGCGGAAAACAAGGUGGCUUGACAAGCCUGGACAAACUGCGCCAGCUGCAGCGCCUGCCGCUUCAGAUAACGAGGCGAAACCGCUGGGGAUGGAGGUUCCAGCUGAGAUUGCCGCUAAAGCUGCUGAAGCCAAGGCCGCACAGGAAGCAGAGGACGAAGACGACGAUAUCUUUGCUGGCGUGGGUGCUGACUACGAUCCUCUGGGCGAUGCUGGGUCAGAUGGAGACUCGUCCGACUCGGAAGAAGAAGAAGGCGAGGUCGCCACGAAACAGCCAGCGGCCCAGAAGGCACCCACUGCAGAACCGGCAGGCGAACCGACCAAACCUCGGAAUUACUUCGCAACAGCCGCGACCCAGGACGAAGAGAAGGUGGAGAGUGGCAGGGCAAACCCACUAACCAAAGACCCAGUUCUGCUCGCCGCCAUCAAGCGCGCAGCAUCCUUACGGCAAGCAUCAGGUGAAGACGCUGCUGCUGCUGAAGGCGAAGACGAAGAAGUCGACAGAGACACGCUCCUCCGGCGGAAGAAGUUCCUUGAGGACGCGCGACGACGCGAAGAGCUCGAUGCAAUGGACAUCGACUACGGAUUCGGGGGCAGCCGUGGCGCGGAUGACGAAGACGAUGAAGAGGUCAUUCUCCAAGACACCCGGGGAGGAACAAAGCGGAAGCGUGGCCCAAAGAAGAAAAAGGGCGACAAGGACAGCGCGGCGGAUGUGCUCAGUGUGCUCGAGGGGCGCAAGAAGACAUGAUUCAUAUCGUUCAUUUCCUUUCCAGAAUCCACCGUGACAACCAUGAACGCCACAGCCACAAGGCAGACCCGCCAUGGUCUCACUCUCACUUCAUAGCUACGUCUGCAGACCGCAAAGGUUGAAUGAAAGUUACCCUGGACUGCUGUCAAGCUGGAACACCGAACCAGUAUCAGCAAAACUCAAUCGAAGCCAUCAAAAUCUGUCCCAGUCUCCACACAGGCUCUGACAGGCUGCGGCAUACAGAAAUCGGAAGCUUGAUCAACAUCUCCUGACUCAAAGUCAUCAAUCCGUCAGAAAACCCUGAAAUCUAAUCUAUCCGAUAGAUUGAUUGAUAGAAAUAAGCAAGGACCCAGAGUCUCAUCCUGAAGCACCGCCCGGGAAUCCAUACCGGGACAUGAGCUACAGUGGAGAUUAAGGGUACAGAGCUCUUGUUUCACUUAUCCAUCAAGUCCCGCGGGGAGGCCUACGAGCCUGAGCAGCUAAUCAAUAACAAAGCCAGUUCAUAAGCUUGCCAAGUGAUUACUGUCAGCAGCGCUUGCCCAUCUUCUGUUAGCAUGAAACGUAGCGUCGAACUUAUACUUCUCUGCAACCUGAUUGUGAUCAGCCUUGUAGGAUCGCAUUAUUCUCCUGAAUCUUAGGUUGUCUUAGGUUACUUUUGUUGGCGCCGAGGAUGUAUAAGUACUCUAUUGUCCCUGGUAGGAGUAUCUUCCCUUCCAGCCAACAACACAUUCCAGUAUCAACACUACCCUUUCAAUAACACUCAUAAUCCUCAAGAUGGCGAAGAUGCACUCCCUACCCGCCGCCCUCCUCGCCCUUAGCACCAUCCAAACAGCAGCCGCUCACACAGUCGCCUGGGCCCGCGGCAUGUACUGCCUCGGCGGCCCCGAUAUCACGUCGGAAAACCUAAACACUAACACCGCCGUCGACCCCCUUUACAACCUCACGCAAUCAGACUGGUGGUUCCAGCACCACCGCGGUUGCGACGCAGUGCCCCCGGCCGAAGGCGAUAUUCUGGAAUUACCCGCGGGCGGGUCGUUCACGGUUGAGCUCGCGCAUAACCGCGCGUUUACAACGCUGUCGUAUGAUGGGGAAUUCACGACUGAGUGGCCGGAUGGCGAGGAGCACCCGGAGGACUGGAACGGGACGAGUGAGGGGGAAGGGUGUAUUGAGGAUGAUGGAGCGUUGCAUACCACGAAUCAGACCGGAGCGGCGGGCACGGCGUGGGCAAUUAGCUAUACCAGUGAGUUGAAGGAGGUGACGAUGGAAAACUUGGUUGUUUUCUCGGUUUUGGAGCAUACGCCCUGGAAACGUCUUGCGACAUAUGAGGUUCCCCAGCAUCUUCCGGCAUGUCCUAAGGGCGGUUGUACCUGUGCUUGGCUUUGGGU